CCUGCUCGCUGGCUGCCACACACACACACACACACACACUGACUAUCCCACAGACCUCCGCCCCUGCAGCCAUGCCGCCGAAACACGGGCAGCACUUCGGAUUUUACCCCGAAAGCCCUUAGAGAAGGAGAAGCCCGGGCUCGCCUCGCGGACUUAGCAGACCCCAUAACAGGGCACUUCCGCAGUCCAGGCGGUGUGUGUGUGUGUGCAGCCAUUAGCUGGCGUGUAUGGGAGUGAACUGGAGGAAAGCGAGGAGCUGAGGAGGAGGUCUGAAUUGUCCAGCGGCAUUCAGAUAGAGGAGCCAUGACUGAAGGGGAAGGACAUUUUUACAGCGUGCAGGUGGGGGACUCCACCUUCACAGUGCUGCGGCGGUACCAACAGCUCCGCGCAAUCGGCUCCGGGGCGCAGGGCAUCGUCUGCUCUGCUCUGGACACUGUCUUGGGCAUCCCUGUAGCUGUAAAAAAGCUCAGCCGGCCUUUUCAGAACCAGACCCACGCCAAACGAGCCUACAGAGAACUGGUGCUGCUCAAAUGCGUCAAUCACAAGAACAUCAUUCGUUUACUCAACGUCUUCACACCUCAGAAGUCUCUGGAGGAGUUUCAGGAUUUGUAUCUGGUGAUGGAGCUGAUGGAUGCCAGCCUGUGUCAGGUGAUCCACAUGGACCUGGACCACGAGAGGAUGUCCUACUUGCUUUACCAAAUCCUGUGUGGCAUCAGACACCUGCAUUCUGCUGGUAUCAUCCACAGGGACCUGAAGCCGAGUAACAUAGUGGUGAAAUCAGACUGCACUUUAAAAAUCCUAGACUUUGGCCUGGCCAGGACCGCCUGCACCAACUUCAUGAUGACUCCAUACGUGGUGACCAGAUACUACAGAGCGCCGGAGGUCAUUUUAGGCAUGAAAUACAAGGAGAAUGUGGAUAUUUGGUCAGUGGGCUGCAUCAUGGGGGAGAUGGUGAAAGGCAGUGUUAUAUUCCAAGGCACUGAUCACAUUGACCAGUGGAAUAAGGUUAUCGAGGUGCUGGGAACUCCUUCUCUAGAGUUCAUGAACCGUUUGAUGGAGACAGUGAGGAACUAUGUGAUGAACAAGCCACAUUUCCCUGGAGUCAGUUUCAGUGAGCUCUUCCCAGACUGGGCUUUCCCGUCAGAGACCGAGCACGACAAACUUAAGACCAGUCAAGCUCGGGACCUGUUGUCAAAGAUGCUGGUAAUCGAUCCAGAGUCUCGCAUCUCUGUCCAGGAAGCCCUGAAUCAUCCCUACAUCCAUGUGUGGUACGACCCAGCUGAGGCUGAUGCGCCCCCACCUCAAAUCUCAGACAAACAGUUGGAGGAGAGGGAACACAGCAUAGAACAGUGGAAAGAGCUUAUCUAUAAAGAGGUGAUGGACUGGGAAGAGAGGAACAAAAACGGUGUCCUAAAGGAGGAGUGCUUAGUAGAUGGUGUGGUGAACAGCAGUGCUACAGCCUCUCAGUCCUCGUCCAUUAAUGACAUCUCGUCUAUGUCCACUGAGCAGACGCUGGCCUCAGACACAGAUAGCUCCUGCAUCGACACCAUCGCUGGGGGAUUAGAGGAGUGACUGUGAGCCUCUGUACUCCAAAGCACUCUCUCUCUAUCUUUCUCUCUCUCUUUCUCUCUCUCUCUGUAUUCCUCCUCCACACAUUUUUCCAGAUGGCAGUGUGGGCCCUGACUUGUUCCAGACAGACAGGCUGUGACACUCUGGGGCUCUUCUCUCACAGAAUCAUUUUUCGCCUAGUUUCUUUGCAUUCAGUUACGUUCCAUAGCCUAAUCGGUUGAGAAGUAAGUCUAAGUACAGAUUUUAGAGCAGGAAAUGAAAAAGUUCCUGUAGCUAUGGCCUGUGAGGUAAAUUUGAUCUGAAUUCUUUGGUGGAAAUGUGCCUAAGGAUUUCGGAGUUCCUUCAGAGGUUCCUGAAGUGGAAAUAUCCUUAUUACUUAAGUGGAACAGAGUUGGAAAACUAGAUUACUGAAUUUAUUUUUCACAUUAAACUUGCCUAUUAGCUUACUGUUUACAUGUAGGCAUGUGGAAACAACUUUUACAUUUUAUCCCUUAUUCAGUUUAAAAUUUUCUGCUAAUGGAAUAGAAGAAAUGUAAACUGUAAUGAACUUUUACCUAGAAUUAUAACCAUGAAGUUCAUGGUACUUUCUUUAAUCACUACCCUCCCCUCUCUUCCUAAGUUUCUUUCUCUUUCUCUUUCCCUUCCACGUAGCUGAUAUUAGCUUUCAUAUUCUCACUCAAGAAGCACAGACACUCCUGGAACACGCUAAUCAACGGCAAGUUCCCUCUUCUGGAAAUGUUAAAGUUCUCAACGCUCUGUUUAAAGUAUUGCAUGCCACUCAUCUUGAACUCUUAAAGUAUAUGUUUACAGGCCCCCUGAUUAUGCCUGAAUACUUACGAAAUGGUAGUGCCUGCCUCUGUAUAUAGACACGAUACACCAUGUUUUCAAUCAGAGAACUUGAUAAUGCAUCUCACUCAUAUAGGGUGUAGCCAUGUAUAUAGAUUAUGUGUAAAUUUUUUGUGUGUUGUGGAAACCUGAUUUUACAGCUUCUCUAAAUAUGGUUUAGCGAAAGUACUGUAUGCCAUACACUUUAUUUCAAAACAGUAUCUAUUGUUGGGAAUUGGGUUUGUUGCAGAAGAAAGAGAAAGCUGCACCCUGAGUAACUAGAAGUGGUCAUAUUGAUGGUGGUACGUAUUGAUGAGGAACGAUAAAACUGUGGAAGCAGCGCACAAAUUUUCCUUUCUGUAUCAUUCCAAAAAGAAUUCUGCACAACCUGUGGCGUUCAUAAAUAAUUUGUGAGAGUUGUACAUAUAAGCUCAAAGCAGACGAUUGCCUUUUUAAUUUUCACAAAGCCCAUAAGGAUGUUUUGCAAAUCAAUUUGUAUCUUUUUUUAGUCACUUAUUGAAGACCAAUGCCCUUUUACGGAAAGAAAAUUAGCUUUAUUUUAUACGAAACGCUUCAGAGAGAGAUCAUAUUGUUCCCCUGUGUAUGCAUUCUGCAUUUUCACUGCAUUUAGUCAUUGGCAUGCUGUGGCAGAACACAGCAAGUAGCAAUGUAUUAUAAAUCUCUAGUCCUGUUAACACAAUAGCAUGUGCUUCACAUUGAGCAGUCCAUUGUUACUUGUCUGUCCAGUUUUUAAUUUUUGCCCUGGGAAGGGAACCAACACUUACCAUUUUCUGUGCUGAGACUUGAAAACAAAAAUAACAAACUAUAAAAUUCCAUUGUAUGAUAUAGCUAUUAUUUUACAGAAAUGCAUGAAAGCCGUCGUUCAGUGCAAAUCUUACUUAUAGGUGCAUACCAGGAAUGUUUCUUCUAAAGGUGUCGUUGAAGAUCAUUUCUUCAGUUAUAAAAAUGACUGUAAGCCUCGUUAUUGACUCAUCUGGACAUGAACAUGUCUGGCUUCAUCUUAAUGCGGUGUGUACACACCCCAGGCUUGCUCUGAUGGACUUUCGGAAUGGACCUACAUUGAUUGAUGCACGCAGAAGUGCAGCCUCGGCAUCAUGAACGUUCCUCAUGCCUUAAUAUACUCGCCAUUUCUUUUCCAGUCUGGUCUGACAAUUAAGAAGCUUUAGGUGGAUGGACAGAAUGAUUGAAGACAUUAUCUGUCACCAGGCAGCAUUAUUUGCUCUUGCACAAUAGCUUUCUCAUUCAUACACAUUUCUAUAAAAUUGCUGUAAAAUAGCCUCAAUAUGAGAUGCAGGUGUAUGUGACCUCACCUGGUUUUUCUUUUCAUAAUAGUAGCACGGUAAUAAUGUACUCUGAUACAUUAUGUAUUGCAAUAGUGCACUGUUGGUGGUUUUUUUUUUUCCCUCUAAACUUUCACAGGUUAGCUUGUUUGUUAAAGAACAUGAAAUCUGCAAGCACUUUUUUGUGAACAAAAGUGAGCUUUGUGGUAUUAAAUCCUAGUACAAGCUGACCACUAACUCUCUUAAGGGCUUACCGGUGUUUCAGAGGGUAUGUCUCUGACAUUUUUGUCACUUUGACAAUCUGUAUUGCUAGAGAUGGGACCAGUCAUUUUUUUUUUCUUUCCACAUUGGUAUCCGCUCAAGUUUCCCCAACUUAAUUUCUUCAUCACUCGAAAAUGUUUCUGGGAAAACCUAUUAAAUAUCUUAACUGCUAUGUAUGAAUAAUACUCUUACUGCUUCUUCGUGGUUCCUGUUGUUGUGUCAUGUAUGGAUGUGCUCCUUGUGGGUUGUUGCGAACGAAAACUCCUAGUGAGUUUCCGUCAUUAAACCCUGUCUGAAACAUAUGCAAAAUCUCAAACAGGAUUAUAGGUCUGCUGCAACUGAGUGUCCAAUCCAUUCAUUUCUAUGUGAGGGGGCAAAAAGAAAUAAUCUGUAACAAAUUGCCAAAUAAAACACUUUAAAUUAA